AUGGAAUGCGGUCUGGUUUUGGAACCAGAACUCCAGCGCCUCAUUCAUGAAAACCAGAAGGACUAUGAUGCUAUUGUCCAAGAAACUAUAAUGGAGUCCUCUGCGGAGAUUGAACUGAAGGAGCAAGAACUCGCUCUCCUUCGCAAGUCCAUCAACGAGUGCCGCGUUAAGCGAGAGGCGCAGGUACACCGAAUACACUUGCUGGAGCGCCUCAUUGAGGACCGCUCCAAGUCGCUUGACUCUAAGGAGAAGCAGGUAAGUUCCAUCAAGCGGCAGUUGAGUUCCUACUGCCGCGACAUUGAUGCCAAGGAGCGGGAGUACCGCACACUCCAGAGGAGUGUUGAGGAGCGGAGCUUGGAGCUCGAGGUCAUGGGAGAGGCGCUGAAAUCGGUUAAGAAGCAGAUAUGCGAGGGCGAGAGGAAUUUGAGAUUGAAGGAGGAUGAGUGCAACUGGCAACUCGAGAUGAUGCACCAGUUAAUCAGUGAGCGUGAUGAAGUUCACAAGAAGAUGCAGAGGACGAUUGAGGGUUGCGGUGCUGAUCUCAGCGCGAAGGAAAGUAGGCUCUCUUUGGUCGAAGGGUUGAUUCUAGAGCGGGAGAAGGAGCUCCGGGGGAAGGACGUUGAGUUACACAAUAUUCACAGGGAUUGUGAGUGGAAGGGGGAGCAGCUCAGGGAACUUUCGGUGAGAAUUGCUGACUGCAAUACGGAGCUUAGGGUGAAGGAGGAAGAGCUCAACUCGAUGCAGAGGUUGAUCGAUGGAGAAGGGAAGGAACUGGAGUUUAAGAGGAGGAAUUUGCUCAACUCAAUGCAAGUGAAGAUCAAUCAGCUUGUGAAGGAGCUUGAAUCAAACAAGAAGGAGUUUGAUUCUUUCCAGAGGUCGAUGAGAGAAAAGAGCGCGGAGCUUGAGAAGAGAGAGAGGAAGCUUGGAGAAGGAGUGAAGGACCUUGAGUCGAUGAAGAAGCAAUUUGAAGGGAGAUUGAAGGAGUUCGAGUCGAAAGAGAGGCAAUAUGGAGGACAUGGCAAGGAGCUGAAGGCAAAGGAGAGGAAAUAUGAAGAAAGAGUGAAAGAAUUUGAAUCAAAAGAGAAGCAAUUUGAAGGAAGAGUGGAAGAAUUUAAAUCAAAAGAGAAGCAAUUUGGAGGUAGAGUGAAGGAGAUUGAAUUGAGGGAGAAGCAAUGUGAAGGGCAAGCCAAGGACCUCUCUUCAAAAGAGAAGGAACUUGAAGGACAAGCCAUGGAGCUUGAAUCACAAGAGAAGCAAUUGAUAGGAAGAGUGAUGGAGCUGGCUUCGAAAGAGAAGCAAUUUGAAGGAAGAGUGAAGGAGAUUGAAUUGAAGGAGAAGCAAUUUGAAGGUCAAGUGAAGCAGUUAAAAUCAAAAGAGAAGCACUUAGAAGGACAGCUGCAGGAGCUCGAAUCAAAACGGAAGCAAUUUGAAGAACAAUUGAAGGAAUUUGAUUCAAAACAGAAGCAUUUUGAAGGACAAAUGAAGCAGUUUGAAACAGAACAGAAGCAGUUUAGGGGACAAGUGAAGGCGCACUCAUCAAAAGAGAAAAAGCUUGAAUCAAAAGAGAAGCAAUAUGAUGGGCAAGUGCAGGAGCUUAAGGCAAAGGAGAAACAGUUUGAGGUGCGAGCAAAAGAACUUGAAUCAAAAGAGAAAGAAUUUGAAGGACAAGUGAAGGAUCUUGAGUCCCAAAAGAAUCAAUUUGUAGCACAAAUGAAGGAAAUUGAGUCAAGAGAGGCAAUGCUUAAUGGGCAACUGGAGGGGCACAAGUCAAAAGAGAACCAGUUGGAAGCACAAAUGAAGGAUCUUGAGUCCGAAUGGAACCUUUAUGAAGAAAAACUGAAGGAGCUUGAGUUGAAAGAAGCACAUUUUAAUGUGCAACUGAAGGACCUCAAAUCAAAAGAAGAUCAGAUUGAGGAUCUUGAGUCCAAAAGGAAUCAAUAUGAAGAACAAGUGAAGGAGCUUGAGCUAAAAGAGGCGCAGUUUAGGCUGGCACUCAAGAAUCUUGAGUCAGAAGAAAAGAAGUUUGAAGGAAGAGUGAAGCAUCUUAAUUCAAAAGAAUGUCAAUUGGGAAGGCAACAGGAGGAGCUUGAAUUAAAAGAGAAGCAAUAUAAAUCAUUAAGAAAAUCAUUUGAAGAGGGACAACUGUUGAAUGAGAAGUCUAAUAUCCUUCAUCAAGUGAAGGCUGAGCCGCAGGAUUUUACAGAUGCCUACAGUGCAAAUAAUUGCAAGAAUUUGCAGUUGUUCUUAAAUCAUUUAAAAAAUUAUGAGUUGGUGUGCAGUCAAGUCUCUGAUGCUCUUCAAAAAUCUUCUGACCCUGGUAUAGUUGUGCUAGACACGAUAAAAGGUUUCUGUCCUCCUCAGUUAAGGCAAGAACUUGCUGAAUGGGAUGCAAAUAUUUCAAGGAGAAUACGUAACCUUUUGUUGGACGAAUUAAAGAAAUCUUCUCCAGUAAUAAGUUCUCAUGUAAAACAAGAAGCAAUGAAAUUUGCAAGUGACUGGAAGGCUGGUAUAACUGUAGCUGAUACUGAUUUUUUGGAGGUGCUGGAUUUUUUGAAGUUUGUUGCUACUUAUGAGAUUGGUUCAUCUUUCAUUGAACAUGAACGUAAGAGGCUUCUUGAUAUAAUUUCCCAGCAUUGUCAGGCUCCACAAGUCCUUGGUAAUAUUGAGAAACUACCAGAUAAUCAAAUUUGUCCCAUGACAGCUGAUGGAAGAAGUUUGCAGCUGCUCUCAAAUGAUCCUGAGUUGAUUGGGAAUGACAUUUUUGCUUGUCUCCAAGCAUCAACAGAUCCAGCAACACUUGCUUUGGAUAUAAUUCAGAACCCUAUUGUUCCACGUGACAGUAAGGGAAAAGAAGGCGUAGUUAUUGAUGGGAGUCAUAUCAUUCUCUUAGGUCAACUGAUGAGAAUCUCACCAUCACCGCGUAUUAAACCCCAUAUAAGAAGCUCGGCAAAAAGGCUAGCAAUUGCUUUGAAAGCAAACAUGAACCCGAGCUAUGAAAAUUCUUCCGUGGUUCUGGGUUUUCUACUGCUUUUAUCUAUUUAUGGAUUAGUUUCUUUCUUCAAUGAAGAUGAAGUUUUCAAACUUUUUGAAUUCGUUGCUCAGCACAAGCAAGCUGUAGAGCUGUUUCGGAACCUUGGUUUUGCAGAUAAAAUAUCCGUUUCAUGA